AUGGCUGCUAUUCUCUCUUACUUGCCUCCUUUCGAGGGCUUUCUGCCCAAGUGGCUUUUCCUGGUCUCGGUAGUCUCUUCGGCGAACAGCCUUCAGGCGUACCGGUCGGACUCCUACACCGCGGAGCUUUACAAUGGACGAUCUGCUGAUGGUCGUCCGCUAACCAACCCCUUAUCCUCUCGCACUUUUGGCACCUGGACUUUCCUCUCCGCUGUGAUCCGAAUGUACGCAGCUUACAACAUCACGACUCCUGUGGCAUAUGACCUCGCUAUCUGGACUUUUGGAAUCGCCUUGGUACACUUUGUUGGCGAGUGGCUGGGUUUCGGUAGUGCCCAACUCAAGGGACGUUUCGUGAGCCCUCUUAUCGUUGCGUCGUCGACUCUGGCUUGGAUGGUGACCCAGAGGGAGCACUACCUCUCUGCUUAA